ACCACCUGUCCUGGCCCUGGCAGCACAGAGGAAGGCAGCCUACAGACCACACCCCCUAUUGUGGCUGAGCCUAGCAUGCUGGGAAAUGGCAUCCUUGAAGAGACAGGCCCAGGAAGUAGGGAUGCUGAAGACCUCUCUUCAAAUUUGCCUCCAAGCUCACAGGACGAGACCGCUGUUCCCAGCAGCCCGGGCCCUUGUGAGGAGGUCUCAGGCACAGAGGCUGAGGCUAGACGAUGGGGCAAGGAACAAGCCUAUCUGGCAGACCUCGCCAAGUUAUACCACCUAGAGCAGUAUCCGGACAGCUACGAAUCCAUGUCAGAGCCUCCUGUUGCUCAUCUGGUACACCACAUGCUUCCCCGGGCCUUUGCUUUCCCUGUUGACCCCCAAGUUCAGUCCGCACUAGAUGAGACUGCGGUGCAGCUAAGUGAGCUGCUGACGUUGCCUGUACUUAUGAAGCGCUCCCUCAUGGCACCUCUGGCUGCCCAUGUCACCUUGGUGAACAAAGCUGCAGUUGACUACUUCUUUGUGGAGCUGCACCUGGAGACACACUUUGAGGCACUGCGGCACUUCCUGCUGAUGGAAGAUGGAGAGUUCGCCCAGUCCCUUAGUGACCUGCUCUUCGAGAAGCUAGGGGCUGGGCAGACGCCUGGAGAGCUGCUCAACCCAUUGGUCCUUAACAGCAUCCUGAGCAAGGCACUGCAGUAUAGCCUCCAUGGAGACACUCCCCAUGCUACCAACCUGUCCUUUGCCCUCAAGUACCUGCCUGAAGUGUUUGCCCCUAAUGCCCCUGAUGUGCUGAGCUGCCUGGAGCUCAGGUACAAGGUUGACUGGCCCCUCAACAUUGUUAUCACCGAGAGCUGCCUGAACAAGUACAGUGCUAUCUUCUCCUUCCUGCUGCAGCUGAAGCUCAUGAUGUGGACACUCAAAGACAUCUGCUUCCACCUCAAGCGCACAGCCCUAGUGAGCCACACAGCUGGCUCAGUGCAGUUCCGACAGCUGCAGCUAUUUAAGCAUGAGAUGCAGCAUUUUGUGAAGGUCAUCCAGGGCUACAUCGCUAACCAGAUCCUGCAUGUCAGCUGGUGUGAGUUCAGAGCCCGCCUAGCUGUAGUGGGUGACCUGGAGGAGAUCCAGCGGGCCCAUGCUGAGUACCUGCACAGGGCUGUUUUCAGGGGCCUACUGACAGAGAAGGCAGCCCCAGUCAUGAACAUCAUCCAUAGCAUCUUCAGCCUGGUGCUCAAGUUCCGAAGUCAGCUCAUCUCUCAGAACUGGGGCCCAGCUACUGGUCCCCGUGGGGCCGAGCACCCCAAUUUCCCACUCAUGCAGCAGUCCUACAGUACCUUCAAGUACUACUCCCACUUCCUCUUCAAAGUGACCAAGCUGGUGAACCGCGGCUAUCAGCCCCACCUGGAGGACUUCUUGCUUCGCAUCAACUUCAACAACUACUACCAAGAUUCUUGAGGACAGACAGGAUCGUGGUGUGCAUGCCUGUUUGACCUGGCUGGGGCUCGAGCAGUGACCACAGAUAGACCUAUAAAGGCUACUUUAUUCAGAAGCCUGGGACAUUCAACAGGUAUCAGGCACAGACCCUGCCCUUUGGGGCAAGAUGCACAAAUAGGUCACAAGCCUUA